AGAAAAGUUGUGGUGUCAAUGUUGGCAACGAAUCAGCGUUAGCCGUUUGGUUGAUAUGAAAUCCACAGGAGCGCCGAAAUCACGUUGUUUUAAUACAUACGUUUGUUACACAUCCGUGAAGUAAAUAUGCUGAGCUCAGCCAUGGACAGAGCAGUGCCUUUGGACCCAUUUCGGUCCCAUGUCGAAUCUCUGGAACUUGCUGGAAGGGCACUUGAUAGAGCUCUUCAGAAAGACAAUUGUUUCCCUUCUUUAAUAGAAGUCACCCAAGUAGCACAAGGUGGAACGGCAACAGUCAGUGGCUUAACAGAAAUGGAUUACCCUUCUAUAGAAGGACUUUCAUCAGUGAAACAAAUUAAAUCCAUUAACAAAGUUCCUUUACCAAGAGAAGUGAUGGAGCAUUUUGGUCAUAUGCAGUGCAAUUGUAUGAUGGGAUUAUUUCCUGAAAUUGGCAGAGCUUGGCUUACAAUUGAUAGUGAUAUUUAUGUGUGGACUUACGAGCAUGGGUCAGACUUGGCAUACUUUGAUGGCCUGGGUGAAACUAUAGUGAGCAUUGGAUUAGUCAAACCCAAACCUGGAGUGUUUCAAACUUUUGUAAGAUACCUUUUGAUACUUACAACAACUGUUGAAAUUGUUGUACUUGGAGUCACAUUUACAAGUAACAGAGAUGGGCCCCUUGGUGAUCUUGAAGAAAUGCACUUACUCCCAGAACCAGUAUUUGCACUUCCAACCGAUGGUGUCACAAUCAACACAGUUUCCAGCACUCUCUCUGGCCGCCUCUUUUUGGGUGGCCGUGAUGGGAGUCUUUGUGAGAUCGUAUACAAGGCAGAGGGCAGUUGGUUUGGGAAACGCUGCAAGAAAGUAAACCACUCAAAAAGUGCCUUGUCAUUUUUGGUACCUUCAUUCAUAAGUGGCGCUUUUGUUGAGGAAGACCAAAUUGUUCAAAUUACUGUUGAUAAUAGUCGCAACAUACUAUAUACACUGACUGAAAAAGGUUCUAUUAGUGUUUAUGACCUUGGUGAAGACGGAGAAUCAAUGAGUCAUAUUGUUACAACUAGUCAGUCAACUUUAGUGCAGAAUGCUGUCAAUAUUGUUAGAACUUUAGAUAGCAAUGUUUUUCGCCACAUUGUGAGCAUAUCUCCAAUAGAAGCUCGUGAAUCUCUUCAUGUGAAUCUUGUGGCAGUAACAAAAGCAGGAGUGCGUCUGUAUUUCACAACAAGUCCUGUCACAUCACUAACAGUUCGACCAUAUGCAUUACAUCUUGUCCAUGUAAGACUUCCUCCAGGCUUUGCUGCAUGUGCAUUGCCUCAGCAACCAAGAAAUGUAAACUUGGCACAUUACAGCAGGGGUACACUCAUACUGGUUUCUUGUCCUGGUGGUGAUCGUGAUGUCUUAUGGUGCCUAAGCAGUGACGCUUUCCCUUUCCAUCAGUACCUAGCAGAGACACAGACUGUUAUUCCUUUGGACGGGGUUGCCUGGGCAUUGGCAGAGGUGCGUCCAAGUCAUCGCUAUUUGGAUCUACCACCAUCAUUUUAUCAGCAGUCUGCUAUCACUCCUGGUGCCGAAUAUGACUCAGCAAAUUCUGAUGGACAGCUACAGCAGCAACAGUCAGAUCUGGGGUCCUUCAUGGAUCCACCCUUGGUGGUGCGACAGCACAUGGAAGCACCUAAGAAAUAUGUCAUACUGACACCUCAGGGAGCAGAGAUACUAGCAAAACUACGCCCUGUUGAUGUAUUGCGCCAGCUCCUAACAGAUGGCCGUGGUCCAGAGACAGGUGCAGUCAGAACUUUCUUCAGAGAGCAGCGCGAGGAGCAAGCUUGUGCAACUUGCCUAAUGUUAGCGUGCCUUGACAGUGCGCAGAAUGCUCAGAUUGCAGAGUGGGCAACUCGUGCAUUUUUUCUUUAUGGUGGCGAGCCACGUGUUGGUGGUGUAAGUGGUGUUGGUGGUGUAAGUGCUGCUGGUGGCGGUACGGGUGCACUCUCACCACCACCAAACCCGCUCGUUGACACCGUGCUGACACCUGCAAGUCCUAGAAUUGCGAGUCCAGCCAGCCACACCACACAUGAAGCCUUCAAUCCUGGCUUUGUGUCGACACCAAUUCGUGGACCAAUUCAACAAGGCCCUGCAAGGGAUCAGAAUAUUGGUCCUAGCUUUCUCAGUCCACAAUCUUUGCCUGCAAAUGUGCAAGAUGGAAAUGUUGGAGGUGUUCAGUUCUCAGCAAAGCAUAAUGGUCUUUAUCUUUAUAUGAGUAGACUGUUGAGACCUAUCUGGAAUCUCCGAACAGUCCACCUAACAACAAUGGAUAAAAAGCAGUUUCUGUGCAGCACACUUUCUAGAGAAGAUUGUGCAUGGUUGUUAGGCCACAUCCAUGCUCUUAGAGCAUUUCUGGAAAAGAAUGCCCAGUUUUCUGUAGGAUACAUGCAGAUGAACCAACAGACAAAUUUGGCUUCGGAGGUAUCAGGCCAAGACAAUUAUGGAACUCCUGUCUCCAGAAGACCGCAGUUGCCUGUCCAGCAAGUACAGCUUCAAGAGAAACGUUCCUUAGAUGCAUUCCGAGUCUUCAUUGCACAUGUCUGUGAAGUUCUUGGACUAUGGAAGGUGUUGUGUGAACACCAGUUCCACAUAAUUGCUGACACUCUUAGUAAGGAACACCAGACACAGCUUUUGAAUACUACUUUCCAGACCUUAAUUUUAAUUGGCCACGAACUGUGCUCUGUUCUCAUCAACAGUCUAAUCAACAGCUAUCUGAACGACAAUGCAUCAAUUGAUGCCAUUAGCGGAAGGUUAAGGGAUAUUUGUCCCCAUCUAUAUCGCAAUGAAGAUGCUGCAUGUGCCAGAGCUUAUGAAAUGCUGCUUAGUGCCAGAAACAUCCAGAACAAGGAGGAAAAGGAUGCAAAACUUCAUGCAGCACUGCAGCUGUGUUUGAAGGUUGCUCCACAAGUAAACCUGCCACUGAUAUGCCAGUGGUUCCUGGGAGCUCAGUAUUAUGAGGGCAUUCUAGACUUGUGUGCUGUGUGUGCAGCAAAAGGUGAUCCAAAAAAACUUGGAGAAUACUUUUACAAGAAUGGUGAACCCCCAGGUGAUGAAGAAGGAUAUCGUGCUUAUGUUGAAAGGAUGGAAUGUUACAAAGAAAUUACUUCAGUACUGGGUCAUCUGUAUAAUCAGUCUCUAUUGAAUCCGUAUGCACCAAGAAUACCAUUGAAACCUGGUGCAGGAGUACCAAAAGAUGGGAACCAAGCCUCACCUGCUGAAGCUGAAAAGCAGAUGAAGAAGAUAAUACAGCAGGCACUGUCAACGAAGGAUGAACUCCUGCAUGUAGCUAUAUAUGACUGGAUGUUAGGAAAACAGCUUCUAGAGCAGUUAGUGACAAUCUCUGAACCUAGCUUUGAGAGAUACUUGAAGCAUUCUGCAGAGCGCAACAGUGAUAGUAAUUACAUCAAUGACCUGCUUUGGAAGUUCUAUGAGAAGAAUGAAAAUCAUGCUGAAGCUGCACAAAUUUUACUUAAAAUGGCAACAACUCCUGGGUCUUCUCUGAAUCUUAAUCAGCGGAUAGCUUACUUAGCUCGAGCAGUUAUGUGCAUGCGUAGUGAUAAAGUGGGUUGUGCACCUCAUCUAGGAAUUGUGCUUCAGGAACUUGAAGACAAGAUUGAUGUGGCCCACGUACAACAACAGAUUUUGGACAGAAUUUCAUCCUUGCCCCGUUCAGCAAGAACGGAAGAAGCAGUUGAAAAGCUAAAUAGCUCUCUUAUAGGCUGCACAGAGUUGUAUGAAGACUAUGCUGAGCCUUUUGGGUUGUGGGAUUGCAAGCUGGCAAUUGUGCACUGUGCCGGUCACCUUGAUGCGUAUCUCAUCGAAGCAAUAUGGCGAAAAAUCAUUGAAGCGGAGAUACUGUCAUGUGGUUCAAUUUCUCCUAAUGAUGUUAUGGCAGUGGUAAUGGGAAAAGUGAAAUCACUUGGACAGGAGUAUUCAGCAUCAGCCAUAUGUGUUCCUGUUGGUUUCUUGGUAAAGGAGCUGGAACUUCAGUGUUGUCGCCUGAGGGCAGAUCCAGGAAAAGUGCAUCCGGUGAUGAUUUCACUUGGUGUCUCUGUUCUGAAACUGAUUCAAAUAUAUGACACAUUGAUUUCGGAGACUGAUUUAGUAUGGUACCGAUCAGGAAAUGAAUUCCACUUAAUUGAAGUUGUUGGUAGCUUGUUGGAAGAUUUUGUCAACAACCCACAAAUGGUUUCAGUUUCUGAAAGGAGAAUAACCAUUACAAGAGCAGCAGACCUUAUGUCAAAGUGCCUCACAUUCCUAUACAGCAAGCCAAACACACAGAAUCUAGUGGAUGUGCUACGCUUCACCCAGUCAAAACUAAAUCGACUGUCCAAUGCGCUGUAAAUAUAGUAAUUAAUUGUGAGCAUAUGGAAGUUAUUUUAUUGAAUAGUGUGAAAUAUUGACUGUUAUAAUUUAUUUUUGUUAUUAUCUUAGCCUUGUCUGUAAAUGAUUCAUUUACUUGUACAUACUAUUUUUAUGAAUACUUUGUACAGCUUUAAUGUUACUGAAAUUUUAUGACAGACUGAUGAUCUUUAAACACACAUUCUUUCCAAGUACCUUAUUUGUAGGAAUAUGGUAUUAUAAAUUGUGAAGUCUUUGCCACUGUGUCAGAUAUGAACUAUAAAAUCAGUCAAUUCCAGUAUCCCACCAAAUAAUACAAUGAACUAAAUAAGCAUGAAUUCCAUUUAUGUGGAAGGCGAAUGAAUGCCUUAUUUUUAAAAUAGUUUUGUACCGGUGUAAAUUUAUACAUACUGUAUCAAUAUUCUGCAGCUCUGUGCUGCUACUGUGUUUACAUGAUUUUAGAGGAUAAAAAUACACAUCAAUUUUGUUGUAUACAUUGUGAUAUUCAAUACUUUGUCCUGGAUCGGAAUAGUCAUUGAGAAAUAGCCAUGUGAUUUGCGAUUCAUUUUGUACAGUCUUUGUAAGGCGUUAGUCUUGUUCAUAAAUACUAGCCACAUAAAUUUUUAAUGUACCUUUGUACUUCUGUAAAAUCAUGAAAUUUAUGUAUAUGACACAAAACACGUGGACAAUUGUGGAUGUUGUUUUAUAUAAAUUCGUAUUUUUGAAAAUAC